AUAAUGUGUAGGUGAUCGUUUCAGUACAUGUUUUGAUUUAGCAGUUUAAUGCAAUGUCUAAACUGUACACAGAGAAACUGACCCGGCUCUACGAGCGGUAUCGGGAGUACGUUACGAGGAACCCUGCAGCGACUGGACAACUGGAGAGCACCGUAAGAACGCUGUCGUACCUCAUUUCAGGGCGUUUCACUGACUCCCACGAAAUCUCUGAAUUGGUGUACUCUGCCUCCAACCUGCUGGUGCUGCUUAAUGAUGGCAUUCUGCGCAAAGGGCUGUGUCGAACCCUACCCAUGUCUCUCUCUCAGCAGAGGCUUCUCACCUGGCUGUCAGUGGUGGAGUACGUGGAGGUGUUCCUGGAGAUGGGGGCCACCAAGCUGUGGGGGGAGGGAGGUCGCUGGCUGGUCAUAGUGCUCAUCCAGAUCACUAAAGCCGUCUUGCGCUUCCUACUGCUCUUCUGGUACAAAUCUGGCAUGCAGACUUCCCCUCCUAUUACCCCACUGGACAGGGAGGCACAGGGAGGCAACGAUGAGGACCAUGAUGACCACCAGGAUGACAGCUCCUUUGUGGGCCAGCGGUCAGGGAGGGUGAUGAGGCCGUUGGGAAAUGCUCCCUCUCUGCAGGCUCGUCUGUGGGCAGCCCCCAGUAGGGAGAAGAGGUGUAAUGUGGAAGAGGAUCUGACCUCUAGUCCCACUGCCCUGGGGGUCCAGGAGACCAUAGCAGAGUCCAUGUACAUCGGACGCCCGCUGGUACACUUGCUCUGCCUGGGAAUGUGUGGGAGAGGCUCCUGGAAACCGUGGCUCGUAUCUGGAGCCAUGGAAAUGACCAGUUUUGGUUUGAUGAGUGACACUAAGUCUCUGAACCGGCAGGAGAGGGCGGAGGUGAGGAGGAGGGCCUUUCUGCUUCUGUACUACCUGCUCCGCUCCCCUUUCUACAACACAUUCUCUGAAACAAAGAUCCUGUUCCUACUCCGAUUUCUGUCAGACAACGUUCCCGGCGUCGGGCUGGUUGCUCGCCCUCUAAUGGAUUACCUACCUGUCUGGCAGAAGAUCUACUUCUAUAACUGGGGCUGAGGGCAAGAGGUGGUUGAAGGUCACCUGGCCAGCUGGAUAGAGAUCGACACUAAAGAGGGAGACCCUGAGUAAAAUACAGAGCCAGAGACACAAGUCCCCCACAGACUGCGCUGGUUAAUCUGCUCUAUUUCAACUGGGACCCUCAAAUAAGAUCCAACAUGCAGUUAUGUUGCUAGGGCAUGCCAGAGUACCUUACGGAUCCUUCCGUUCUGUUGCUAGGGCAUGCCAGAGUAUCUUACGGAUCCUUCCGUUCUGUUGCUAGGGCAUGCCAGAGUAUCUUACGGAUCCUUCCGUUCUGUUGCUAGGGCAUGCCAGAGUAUCUUACGGAUCCUUCCGUUCUGUUGCUAGGGCAUGCCAGAGUAUCUUCCGGAUCCUUCCGUUCUGUUGCUAGGGCAUGCCAGAGUAUCUUCCGGAUCCUUCCGUUCUGUUGCUAGGGCAUGCCAGAGUAUCUUCCGGAUCCUUCCGUUCUGUUGCUAGGGCAUGCCAGAGUAUCUUCCGGAUCCUUCCGUUCUGUUGCUAGGGCAUGCCAGAGUAUCUUACGGAUCCUUCCGUUCUGUUGCUAGGGCAUGCCAGAGUAUCUUCCGGAUCCUUCCGUUCUGUUGCUAGGGCAUGCCAGAGUAUCUUCCGGAUCCUUCCGUUCUGUUGCUAGGGCAUGCCAGAGUAUCUUCCGGAUCCUUCCGUUUUGUUGCUAGGGCAUGCCAGAGUAUCUUACGGAUCCUUGCCUUUUGCAUUCCCUCCUUGUUCUUUAUUUUUGUAAUCUGAGUGAUUUCUGUCAGACUGAUCUUGAACCAGUGAUUAUAUGAUGAAUUGAUGCUGGUUGUGUGAUUUAGUUUUCUCCUUUUGUAAACUAUACAUUACCCAGAGGUGUUAUUGACCGAGUGGUAUGAGAUAUUUGUCACCGCUGGUGAUGAUCACCAUCUUGUCAGUCAGUUUUGCUGUCUGUCACUGGGAACAAUCCCUCCUAAAUGUCUCCAGUUAAACAACCCAUUACAGCUAGCCCUGAUGGGUUCUGUGCAGUUGGUCCUACAGCAUUACAUCAAAUGACUUUGAGGCUGGUUGAAGUUCUCUCUAUGGGGCUGUCCCAAUAUCUAAUUUCUCCCAAAGUGUUCACUCCUUCCCACAAAUCUAGAUAUGCAUUUGGCAUGGGCUAGUGGGAGUUUCCACCAUAUUUCGUAUACUAGUCAUUUCCUUUCAAAUCUGUGAAGGGACGUUAAUUGGAGGAAGGAGAGAAUUGGGCCAUAACCUACAUUCCUCUUAUGUUUGUCAGAUUGGCACAGUGGGUAGAAAAACAAAUGAAUGUGACCAUGAUAUGGAAUCUAACAUUUGUAUAUUAAAUAUAUGCUGUAUUCUCAAUUAUUGGUAUUAACAGUGGGUACCUAAAUGGUGCUGGUCCAGUAGUUGUAUUUUAUUUAACCAGGCAAGUCAGUUACGAACAAAUUCUUAUUUACAAUGUCGGCCUAGGAACAGUGGGUUAACUGCCUUGUUCAGAACAGAUUUUUACCUUGUCAGCUCGGGGAUUAAAUCCAGCAACCUUUCGGUUACUGGCCCAACGCUCCAACCACUAGACUACCUGCCGUCCCGUCUAAUUGUUACUUAAUUGGGGUUGAGAAUUAAGAAUCGAUUUUUGUAGUUUAUCCAGACUACUUGAAAACAACCAUCUGGAAAUACAUUGAAACCAGGUUGUUUUCCCUGUGUGAUAAAAGUGUUGAUGAUUGGGGGAAGUGGAAUGUUGUGGCUCUGAGUGCCUUUUCAAAAGUUGACUUACCAGAGGAAAAAGGAAAUGAGGUCUAAUGUACUUAUUUGAAAUUGUGUGAAUGUUUUUUUUAUUUAUGAAUCCUACAAAUGUGUUCAAUAAAUCAACAGAAUAAUAAUCUAUUUAUUUUAGGUAGGUUUUCAUGACUGCGUUUACACAGUACAAAUCAGAUUUUUUUUUGACCAAUGAGAUCAGCAUGUGUAAACACAGUCCUUGUCAUGCAGACAACUAGGAUUCAGUCCAUGAACUUAACAGCGGGCAACCAUAGUGAUGGAUUUCAAUCUUUAUUGACACAAAUCUAACUUUUUGUAGCCUACAAUAAAUAACUUUUGUUUUCA